AUGACAUCAUCAUCACCAUCGGCAGGGCGACAGCGUGACUCACAGGAGGAAAUGUUUGGCGCUUAUAAAGCACAGGAGGAGGAGGAGGACGAGGAAGAGGACAGACAGUUCGGCAUGUUUCUGCUCUUCAUCAGGACCUCUCCUCUUCCUCUCCUCCUCCUCGUCCUCCCCCUGGCCCGCUGCGUCGCCGCGAUGACGGGACCCCGGAGGCUGACGUGCGGACAGGAGGUAGCGCAUGUUCUCGUCCGAAACCUGUGGACGCAAAGUCAACUCCUCAUCCAGAGACUUCCUGAAGAAAAGAGGCAGUCCAAACGUUGGCGGCUGCUCCCCAACUUCUGCACCGGCUGUCCUGAGCGCGCCAUUGGCUGGCUGGAAGUGAGGCAGAUGAUUGACAUCUACCAGCGUCGAGUCUUCGACAACGAGCUCGUCGUUGAGCUCCUCCCCCUGCACUACCGUGACCUUCUGCACCGACUGCAACGCACACUGCAGGGCUGUGUGAGUUCAUGCGCACGGGCACGCGCACGCAGUGCACGUGUGACUGAGAGGAAGAGGAGGGAAGAAGGCGUGAUGAAGGCCGUCACAGAGUUCACCUUCAUCCUCACGUGGAUGAACGAGCUCAUGCACCGGACUGAAGCUGACCUGAAAAGACAAACGCUCGUCUCCUCUCCGAACCUUCUCAUAUCGCCCGCCAUGUCUGCACGCCGUCUGUGUCUGCUCGUCCUGGUGGGAACGCUGGCGGCGUCUGCCGAUUACUCGGGACCGCAUCCCGACAUCCGGCAAACACUGGAGUCCAUCUCGGAUGUGCUGGAGCUGAGGAAACCGGACGUCAGCGGCGUUCAACCUUUCAAAGGCGUCAUCAGGAGCAUCAGCGCCUGCCAGAGCCUGGAGGCGUUCCAGGUGUUGAACGCCACGCUGUCGGUGUACGUGCGCAUCUUCCACAGCAUCCUGAGGCGCACCUCCUCCCUGCUGGACGUGGCGCCCCCCCCCAAGCGGGCCCAGCUGGAGCAGAACCUCAUCAAGCUGCAGCACAAGACCAAGCAGCUCCGUGAGCACCUGCAGCGCCGCGCCGCACGCUGCGCUCACGACACCCUCGACACGCUGGCGGCCAUCAAGAUGGAUGACAUCAUGGUCCAAAAGGGGGCGCUGGCCCAGUUCCUGGAGGUCUACCGGAUGGCUUUCCUGAUUGGCUCACGCAAUCUAGUCCUGCCUAGUGAGGUCACACCCCCGCUGUGAUUGAUUCUUUCCUCCUUGAGUUUUUUAUUUUGCUAUUUAAGUUGGUUGCUUUUUAUUUAUUUUUGUUGGGCCGUCAUUGAAAUAUGAAACAUGUCAUGUGCUUAUUUAUCU